AUGCAAAUGACAACAACUAGAAUUUUAAAGAAACAAUUAAGAAAGCAAAUCAAGUCGAUAUUGAAAUCAAUUACUCAAGAUUCAUUAACUCAACAAUCUCAAUUAAUUCAUGAAAACUUGUUGAGUCAUAGUAAUUUUCAAAAUGCUAAAUCAGUAGCCGUUUAUAUGAACAUGCCUGAUCUGGAGGUUCAAACCAUAGAAGUAAUUAAAUUAUGUUUUGAAUUAGGUAAAAAUGUAUAUUUGCCACGUUGUAAUUAUACACAAAUCCCUGGUAGGAAGUUAAAUUAUAUGUCAAUGUUAAAAAUGCCUGAUUUCCAAUCAGUUUUGAACCUUAAACCGCAAGGUAAAUAUCAAUUAUUGGAACCAACAGAAGGUGAAGACGUUAUGGAUACUGGUGACUUGGAUCUAAUUAUUGUACCUGGGGUAUCAUUUGAUAAAACUAAAAAUAGAAUGGGUCAUGGGGCUGGAUUUUAUGAUGAAUUUAUUACUACAUUCAAUGAAAAAUUUAAUAGAAGGCCAUACUUAUUAGCUCUUGCGUUACAAGAACAAAUUAUCGAUGAGAAAAUACCUACAGAAACACAUGAUUGGAAGUUAGAUUCUAUAGUAACUCCGUUGAACACCAUCUAUUAA